AUGGAUGAAGACGCGUGGAAUGAAAGGCCUCCACCACCAGAAAUGCCAAGCAGAAGACUAUUAUAUCCUCAAAAAGGUAGGUUGGGGCAGUGUUUCGGAUGUGUGUGUGCAUGCUUAACUGUGCACAGGAGUUGUGGUUAUUGGCUUAUGUAAUGCGGUAGGAGAGCUGAAAAAGCUUCACAUCUGGCAACCAAGACACACCUUUGGUUUCAGAUAGUACAUGGGUAGACAAGUCUAAAAAACCCAGGACACAAUUUUUUUAUAGCCCUCUAGUGUCUGUAGUGGCUCAUUUACCAGAAGUAAUUUAUUUAGUGUUAACUCUGGAAGUGUAUAUUCGAUUCUGACCAAACUAAGUCUCCUGAUGUAAACUGUGACUUAGGAGGCUUAGUUUUUCUUUUUAACCAGAUGGUAUCUACUGUUGGCCUACUGAUAUUUCUAAUUAUGCUUUAAAGAUAUCUAUACACUGAUUUUACAAUUUUUUUUUGGUGUAAACUGGCUUGAUUUAUUUUAUGAAAUGUGGAUGAUAAAUAUUCAAAUAAAUAGCCUGCUCAGGACCAGGUUCCUUGAGAGACCUCCUUAUCUCAUAGUUUUCCAGUAGGUCACUGCAGUCUGCGGGAGAGCUGCUUCUUUAAGUUCCAAAGAUCUCAGACUCCCACUUCACAGUAACUGGGAGAAGGGCUUUUGGUGUGGCUACUCCUAUUAUGUGGAAUGGCACUUCUGUGGAGAUGUGACAUGCAGUGCUGGAUUUGUGUAUAAGCUAAACAACUAUAGCUUAGGGCCCCACUCUCUUGGCCCCCCCCCCAAAAAAAAUUAAAGGAAAAAAACUCUGGAUGUACAUUUCCAAAAUAUAAGAUAAAAAACAAAUAAAAUAAAACCUACAUACAGCAACAUUUCAGUUCAAUGAUUACUUUGAUAAAAUCCAUAUUUUGUUAUGUGCAAAUGGCUUUAGAUACUUAUUAGGUCCAUAAAUUACCAUAUAGCAUAUAUUCAACACAAAAAACAGUUACAGUUUGUUGUUGGCUAAGGACAGCUGGACAUAUAAAGGGCCCCAUUACCUUCAGUAGUUUAGGGCCUCAUCAAACCCUCAUCAAACAUGCACCCCCUAGUUGCAAUUUUCAGAAACAACUGAAAACAUUUUUGUUCUGACCAGUGCCCCCCCCUAAAAUAAUGUUUAGGGGUACUCUCAUUUUGACUCAAGAAAAUCACCAUUUUACAGUUCAAAUCGGGAAAAAUAAAUACAGUAAAAUCGAAAAAAGUACAAAGAUUCACAAAUUGUUUAGGGGUAUGCGUACCCCUGCGUCCCCCCAGAAAAAAAGCACUGGUUCUGACAACCUUUCCAGCAAGGGUGAGUAGGUUUUUGCCGUGGAUGUCUGUCUGCUUUGUAAUGUACUUAAAUGUAUCCCUCUUUUAAAGCUCUUUGCUAUUUCUGUGCCUCAGUGCCCUUGCAAAGCAUCUCUGUAGCUGUGGCGAUCAAAGGCUUCGUGGCAGAUGUUGUGUCUGAACUUCGUUACAAGAAUGAGGAGAAGAUCCCUCUGGAGGUUGAAUUUGUCUUUCCCUUGGAUGCUGCUGCUGCUGUCUACGCCUUUGAGGGCCUAAUGGGUGAGACAAAAAUUGAGGCCCAGAUCAUGGAGAAGGAACAGGUGAGAGGGCUCAAGGUAGUGUGGGAGGUUGGGGUGGGGAUGGAGGUUCUGGGGAUGCUGAAGGCCAUGAUUGGCAUGUCUCCAAACCCUUUGAAUCAAGAGUUUUAAACCAUUGUUUAAAAAUGUAUUUACUGCACUUAUAGGUCAUCCAGUAACAAAACGUUCUCUAGGCCGCUUGCUGCCACUUGUAACAAGCAACAAUUUAUGCACUCACAGUCAACAAACAACUUCAGCACAGUGGAAUUAACCGUCAAUCAAUAUAUAAAUUAUUGACUAAAUUUUUGAUUGAAUUUAAAUCCUCCCUCCCUCCCCCCCCCGCCAAAAGUAGCUCAGGAUGGCAAACAUACUCACAAUUUAAAAACAAAAUUCAGAAAUGAUUACAAAACAGUGGUACCUCGGGUUAAGUACUUAAUUCAUUCCAGAGGUCUGUUCUUAACCUGAAACUGUUCUUAACCUGAAGCACCACUUUAGCUAAUGGGGCCUCCCGCUGCCGCCGCGCCGCCGGAACACAAUUUCUGUUCUCAUCCUGAAGCAAAGUUCUUAAUCCGAGGUACUAUCUCUGGGUUAGCGGAGUCUGUAACCUGAAGUGUAUGUAACCCGAGGUACCACUGUAUUCUAAAAACAACCACUGUUAAAAACUACAUAAAUAACACCUAAUGCACAGCAUGCAGCUCCCUCUCCCUUUGUUUGUAGAGAAGAAGUAUGGUAAGGUUGCCAUAUCUCGAAGAGCAAAAAAGAGGACAGCCCGAGAUGCUGCCAGCCCGAGCUGGGGAAAGAGGCGUGCGGGGAUGCGGGGGUGCCUCUGCUGCACAUGUGUGCCUCUUUCCCUAGCUCAGGCUGGCAACAGCCAUGGUGUGCAGAGCAGCCUGAGCUUUAUGACUUUAUGAUAAGAUUGAAGAAAUCAGAAAGGCAUCUGAGGUGAAAUUAGCAGCAACUCCCGUCCAGACAAGAUUCUGGCUGCCACUGUGACCCCCACACCAUCUAUUUCUCCUUGCCCUUGUCACAUCUCUUUCCACCUUUUCACAUCUCUUUCUUUUUCUUUCUGGUCUCUCAACAUCUUCAGGCACAGGCACUGUAUGAAGAUCGGUUGGCCGUGCUCGAAGCAUCUGUGUUUUUUGUGAGGGACCCCAAAUCCAGAGACAUUUUCAAAUGCAUGCUGGGUAAUCUUCCACCAAGUGGAGAGGCCACACUGAAACUGUGCUAUGUCCAGGCACUGGCUCCCGAGCCUGAUGGGGCAGUCCGCUUUGUCCUGCCAGUUGUGCUGAAUCCUCGCUACGCACUUCAGGGUAAGAAACAGUAGCUGCUAAUCUUUGCCCCAACAAAAAGCCUGCCAUCAAGAUGAUUGGCUGUGUCCCAAUUGGCUUCCAGGUUAAGCAGCUUGUGUGUCCCAUGGCUACUCACACUUCUUCCCAUCCAUCUGUCUCGAAGGACAAUGGAGUGCACCUCCAAGGGUGAAAUCAAGCUGCUUUGUUAGCAGCACUGAAGUGACCUCCUCAGGGUGCAAGCCUGGGCUGUGUGUGGUUUUUUAAAAAUUGUACAAGGGAAGCCCUGCUGUCCUCAGACUGCCUUGUAAUUGGAUUCUUAGAGUUGUGGAUUCUAAAGUAGACUAUUGGUCCAAUCUGGGUCAUGUUCUGCCUGGGUAACAUCUGGUAAGUCUGCUUUUGAAUCUGAGACCCACAAAUCCCAUGCCAUGUGAACCUUCCUGGGGGGAGUAUUCUAUCAUCCAGAAAACCCUUUCCCUUUUAAACUUGGCAUCUUUCCCCUCUGCAGGAUGGUCUGCAGAGUCAAAAGAAAUGUCCAUUUGCAGGUGUGGUUUGAAUCCAAACCUGGUCUACAAAUAGACAGCUUCACAGGGACUCAUUUCCAGUAUCCAUCAGUGGAUGGGCACUGACAGUGAGUCCCAUUGCCUGCACUAAGAAGUUUAAACUGGUAGACCCCCUUGUACAGCUGAUCCCAGUGAGACACACCAUUGGUAUUGAUCAGAUCAUGGCACUGUCAGCGAGCCCUACUUGCCAAUGAGCAGUAGAAUGCUUUAAGCUCCUGAUUGUUCCUUUGCAGCCUCAUCUUUUCUUGCUCCACAUCUGUUGUCAGGUGUGGGACAGGUAGUGGGAGUGGGUCAAAAUGGUCUCCUGUUGCAGGGAUGCCAACUUGAAUAAAACAUUAGAGGGGAGGAGUAAGCUCCACCAUACUUAAUUGAUCACAAGACGUGGCACAUGCAUAUCAUUUGAAUGACAAUGCUUAUCAACUUGGGGAGGGCUGGCCCCUCAAAUAUUUUAUGGGGGAGGAGAUUGGAGGGACUUCAGCCCCUGGGAAUUGGCUCCUAUACUGCUAUGCCUGUUUUGACCCACAGGUCAGAAGUUCCCUAAGCCUGGUCAAUGCUAUUUGUACCUUCCCCAAAACUCCCCCAAUCCAGUUUCUCAGGCUAACACUUGCCUCUGUCAUGGAACUACCAAGGGCAGGAUUCUGCCUUCAUGGACCUGAGGGAACAUCUGGAAAUUGGAGAAACUAUUGUGGGCACCACAAAAUAUCUGUUUCACAGAAGAAAACCUGGCAAUGCUCAGAGUCUCCUUUCCCAAAGAGGCAGAAAACAGCACCUGAAAAUAAACAAUACAUGCCAACCUCCUGCCCACACAACCAGGUAACUUGCUCAACAAAACAACACAAAACUCACCUGAAAACAUUUUUUUACAAUUGAGAGGGGCAGGGGCUUGGUGGGCAUCAAGGACACAUUGGUUGAAAUCCUGGAUGUAGGACAAUUUUUCAGAACUUAGUGUAUACAUCUGAGAAGGUCAUUUUGCUCACGUUCUCUCAUGGCAUUGAUUGUGUCCCUGUGCAGGGUCAGAAGAGAGCAGCUUCGUACAGAACAUACCACGAGUGCCUGAGAGGGAGCUCCCCUACAAGCUCAGCCUCAGUGCUACACUGCAUUCUCCAUAUGGAAUCUCUCAUGUGAAGUCAAAUUGCACCCUCACACCCCUGCAGUAUGCAACAGAAGACCACACUACAGCCCAGGUAAAGGAUGCUGAGGUGGGGUGGUAUUCAGUGCUACUCAGAAUAGAUCUACAGAAGUUAAUGAACAUGACUAAUUAGGGUUCAUUAAUGACACUGGGUUGACUCUGAGUAGGUCUGCGUUUAUGUCAGCCCAUAGUGAAGAGUUGGCAUUAAGGGCUUUCAGGAAGAGCAUGCUUUUCUUCCUGAAGGCCUGAAUACAACUUGACCUUAUAGGUUCCCUGUAAAGGGAAAACUGAGCUGCUACUGCUGCUGGAGUCUUUUGGAACUAGCAUGAUGUCAUACCCAGGUUUCAACUCUUGCUUUUGCUUAUCGUACCCCUGCCAAAGAUUUCCCUCACUGAAGGAUACUGCCUUAAUCGAGAUGUGGAGCUGCUGAUAUAUUACAAGGAGGUGGUUCGUAAGCCCAGUCUCCUGCUAGAGGUUGGGAAGCCAGGAGCAGAUCCAGGUGAGCAAGGGCUAGAGUUAAGGAUGAGCAAAUCUGUCAAUUUCAGUUUCUUGUUUUCCUAUCUAAGUUCAGUUCACCACUUUUCUGCAUUAGUUUACAAUUAUUUUUACUCACAGUAAUUUUUUUAGUACAGUCAUACCUCGAGUUGAAUGAGCUUCGGGUUGAGCGCGUUCAAGUUGCGCUCCGCAGCAACCCGGAAGUAACGGAAUGCAUUACUUCCGGGUUUCGCCGCUUGCGUAUGUGCAGACACUCAAAAUGACGUCACACGCAUGUGCGGAAGCAGCAAAACACGACCUGCGCACGCGCCGACGCAUCUUGUGUUCUGUUCGGGAUGCAAAUGGGGCUCCAGAAUGGAUCCCGUUCACAUCCCGAGGUACCACUGUACAUUUUCCUAAUGCACACUUUCUUUUGAAAGCAUUUCUACCCAUAUAAUACAUUUUUCUAUGCUGUUUUUACUAAAAAAUAUGCAUUUUUAUGCACAAUUGAUCCAAAUGUAUGCAUUCUGUACACUUUUUAAAAUGGAGAACUGCAUUGCAUAAUUGAGAGAAGUAUGGAUUUUGAAAUAUAGCUGCAUUUUGGUUUGUUUAUUGUAUCACGAACUGCAAAUAACUGAAUUCUUCCCCAUCCUGGUGGAAAGGGAGGUCUUGGAAGCAGAGCUUGGGCUGGGUACAUGAAAUGCAGCUUGUCCAGUACAAUGACUAGGGAACAGCCUUGGGUGGAAAUGUCUGCUUACUCCAAACUCUUUUUCCCUGUCUCAUAAUACAGGUUCACUGAUGGGAGAUCACGUGCUUUUGCUUACCCUGUAUCCCAGUCCUCCUGCCCCAAAGCCAGGCCUGAAUGCAACAGGCGAAUUCCUGUUCUUGAUGGAUUGCUCUAGCAGCAUGAGCUACAGCACCAGAAGUAACUCUGAAGCCACAACCCGCAUUCAGAGUGCCAAGGUGCCACCUGGCUAGAUGAAAGGGAUGUGAUGGAAGAACCUAUAGCCAAGGGAGGAUGAUACAUUGGGUUUACAGGAGAGGAGAUUAAAGGGAGGUGGUUAAACUCACAGCCAUUAGACGACUAGAUUGCAUGCAGACUGAACUUCCAGUUUCAAGCUGAAAUUUUCCAUUACUCAUUUAUGGAAAAGACAUGGGAUGGGAUAUCCCUUUCUUCCUGCUUGACUAUGAUGGAUGUUUUGUGUACCUCUUGCUUCAAGAAUUAGAGUGGCAGCCAGUUUAAUGUAAUUCCAGACAGGCUGAUAAAGACUAUUUAGGGAUCUGACUCUCAUGGGUAGAAUAGAAUUCGGUCCCAUAGGCAAGGUGAGAUCAGAUGGGCAGAGAGUGAUGCAUGGAAGUUAUGGGUCUAGGUUAGGACUGAGGGCUUUAUUGCUGAGACAGUGUCAACAGUCUAGUUUGGGACUGCUAGGUGACCCAGGGUGACAAUACCUUUUGCCUUAGGAGACCCUGAUUUUCCUAUUGAAGAGUCUUCCUCUGGGAUGUUACUUCAACAUCUAUGCAUUUGGAUCCUCCUAUUACUCAUUCUACCGGUAAGUGACCAAGUAUUAUUUAUUUAUUUUGUUCAUCUUCCCAAAGGAAGCCCAGGAUGACCAACAGCAUAAAAAGAUACUAUGCAUCAUAAAACAACAAUAGUACUACGUAAUAUCAUCCACUUGUCCUCCCUUCUCCAUCUCUUGCUUUCUGCAGCUUUGCUUCCCUUAACUGGUGUUCUUGGGUUCCCAGAUGUUGUUGGGUUACAACUCUCAAUGGCCAGGGAUGAUGGGAGUGGUAGUCCAACAAUGUAUGGGACCCAGGAUGAAGAAGGCUGCCUUGAACACAGCCUCCAGUUUAUCAAUGUUUGUUCUUUUAUUUUUUUACUCUUCUUCCUACUAUUAGUUUGCUUUCUUAUUUGCCCUUCAUCAUAAGAUCCCAGGGUGGGUUGCAACCAUGCAAACAUACAAUAUUAAAAUUGGUUAAAGCAAUUUAGUCAACUAAUAUACUGCUUACUGUAUAUAAAACAUCUCAAUGUAGUUUGCAGUAUAAGGAGCCAAAGAUUCUAAAAUAUCAAAAUCUCUAAAACAUACAUGGGGGUGUAGAGUAGACCCAUUGAAAUUAAUGGACCCUAACUUAGUCAUGUUCGUUAAUUUCAGUAGGUGUACUCUGAGAAAGUUGACUACUACCCACAAGGUGUAGGGUUUAUCUCAUUGCUCUCUGCUUUUAGCAAUUUCAUUGGGGGGGGUGAACAAAGGGUCCUAGAGGGGCCUCCACCUCCUUUCCAAAGCUGGGAAAGAGCCCUCAUGUCUCUUUUCCAAAGCCCAGCAUCUCACUUGCAGGGCUAGGGGAAGGUAGCAUUAGGGCUGGUGGGGGAGAUCAAAUGUUCCCGAGGACCACUAAAAAACGCCUCGAGGGCAGCAUGCAGCCUUCAGGCCACCCAGUUCUAUUUAUUCAGAAUUGUCCUUUAAGGCACCUUCUUUGAUUGUUCAUAGUAUACUAAUUAAGCAAAUUUGAUCCAGUGGUUUAAAAGUGGACAAUUAAUUAAAAUACCUGUUGCCAGCAUCUAUUUAAGAGAGAAACUGGCAAACCUAAGUGGGUUGGCUUUUGAUUUCAUUAGGUUCUGGGGAGCCAAGCAUCCACAAAUUCGUUUUUUUUUAAAGCACACUUUUUAAUUAUUAUACUGAUAUUGGGCUUUGUUAAAUAAAGUAUGCAGCUCUGGGAUUAAUGGGUGUGUGGAAGUGGGAAUAUAGUACAGGAGAACAGUCCUUUGCAUUACUUUUACUCUCUGAUGACCUCUGCAGGAAGAGUGUAAAGUACACACAACAGACCAUGUUGGAGUCCCUGCGGGGGGUGUUGGACCUGCAGGCUAAUUUGGGUGGCACAGAGAUUCUGCAACCACUGAAGGCCAUUUACAGCCAGCCAUGUAGAGAAGGAUAUGGCCGUCAGGUAAAUUCAUCACACCUUCAUGUAUGUGAAAUAAAUUAAUUGCAGUUCCAUGCGGCUACAUACCCAUUGCCUUUUAUUUAUCUCCUCUUUUCAUGGUAUAAUCUCAACCAAUACAACAAGGGCAAAAAAGUAGUCUCAGCUAGUUUCAUCCCUGUUUGACAGGUAGGAGAUGUAAACCCCCCCCCAAAUUUUUUAUAUCUGCUCAAAUGACAACACCCUGGCUAUUCACGUAAAACAAAUGAUUUCCUUUGUUUGGUUUUUUAAAAAAAUUACAAUCAGGUGGUAUAUACAGUUUAUGAAAUAAAUUAAAUAAUAUACUACUGUAUUUUAGAGAGCCAGGUUAUGAUCUCAAGAGGGAUUUGGAAUGUAUCCAGUGGGCUGGAAAAUUGAUCCUAGUUGCUGUGAACUGCAAGCAAGUCUGAACCAGGGAUUCAAAACAUAAAUACAACUUUGUUCCUCCCCAAGGGAUAGAAGAAGUGUUUGUUUGUUUGUUUGUUUGUUUGUUUGUGUGUGUGUGUAUGUGUGUGCGCGCGCGCGUGCACAGACUUCCAAGUUAACUUUAUACACCCCUAUCUUUCUCCAGGUCUUUGUAUUCACAGAUGGAGAGGUAUCUAACAUAGAUCAGGUCAUUGCUGAAGUUCAGAGUCACAGUAAGUCCCACAGGUGAGAACAGGGUAUGAGAUUGUGGUAGGGUGACUGACAUUUCAUUUUAAGUGAACUAUGAAAUGGGGUUGGAGGAAGAGUCUGGUUGAGCAUGGCUGGAAACUUGAGGAAGCAGGAAAGUAUGGGAUGGAUCGUGCCAGCCUUUUCAGGUCCCAGUGGUGCUUGAGAAACACUAAAUUUUACCCACCAGGAGCGUCAUGAUACUAUGGUGGAUACUUCUGGAAACAUGCACAAUGGGAUAGAGUAGAGCAUUGACCUUUCCCCCCACUGUCAUACAGAUGCUUCUCCUUUGGGAUUGGUGAAGGGACUUCCUCAUACUUCAUAGGUGGCAUUGCUGAAGCAAGUGGUGGCAGAGCUGAAUUCAUCAGGAGCAAGGAGCAAAUGCAGGCCAAGGUGAGUGCCCUGGUGUUUUGUCUUCAUCACCAUGAUCUGAUAGACCCCAUCCAACACUUGGGUGAAGAGCCAGAGCUCAGUGGUUGAGGGCAUGCAGAAUGCCUCAGGUUCAAUCCCUGUCAUCUCUAGGUAAGUCUAGGAAAGACUUAUGUCUUAGCUCCUGGAGAGCUACUGCCAAUCAGAAUAGACCAGGGAUUAAGACCUUGUGGCUAUCCAGUAGUUUUUGGACUUCUACCUAGCAGGGUGGAAACACGCUUUUAAAAUGGUGUUUGAGUUACACCACCCUUUUUGCCAGCUUAAGUUACACCCGGUUGCCAUGUCUCAUUACUGAGCUGAGCAGGCCUGGGAUACAGCCCUCUAUGGUCUCACCCCCAAACACCCCCUUUUCAGGGCUCACACAUAAGAUCUGCUCAGCCAAUUGGGUCCCAGCCAAACCAGGAGAGGGAGAUAUGUGUGUAUUCCUUGGGUGAGCCAAGGAUGAGGGAGUUAAGCUGGUGUGGUACAGCUGUGUCAGGAACCUCAUACAGAGCUCAGCUAGAUAUCCACCAGAUCCUAUCCCUGCCCAUCCCAACAGAUCUUGCUAUAAGUUUUCUCCCCAAGCUAUGUUUGAUCUCUCGUCCCCCUUGAUUGUGACAUCAUUUGUGUUUCACAGGCACUGCGAUCUCUGAAGUGUUCUCUGCAGCCAGAAGUGAAACACAUUAAACUAGAGUGGCAUUUGCCUCCUGGCCUCGAGGCUGUGCUUCUGGGGUCAAGCACUCAGGCCAUCUUUGCAGGGGAACGUUGCCUCAUGUAUGCUCAGAUCUGUGGGCAGCAACAGGCAAGUAGGCCCAAUAUAAUGGUGGAAUACAUACCGGUAGUUGGUGGGCAAAAUCAAUGUGUUGUGUGAUGUGUGAUGAGGUCCACCAGAGUUGGGGGCAAAGGUGGUGGAGGAAAAUGAUAUGAUAAUUUUGUGGAAACUAAACUUAUCCAGGGAUAAUGCAGGGAAAUGGGUUGAGAGUGGAUGGGGAUGCUCUCUCUCUUCAUUAUGGGGAAGGCCACAUGUAGCCUGUACUAAACCUAACAUUAACUAGAAAUUGCUGCCCCAAUGCAUCUGUCUUCUAAGGUAACUGCAUCAGUUUACCAAACGGCAGGGCUGGCCCUGCACAUGAACAUUCAUGCUCAUUUCUCUAAAGUCUGCCAAAAUAAGAAGGGAAAGUGCCAGUCUCUCUUUAGGCUUUGUCCCUGUGAACUAAUGGCCCUUUUACACCACCCAGGGUACCCACCAUUGUCAAGCACUACUUCACCUGAUGCUUUUAUUUGUUUCCUGCAGACCUCUGACCCCCCAGAGGGUUCUGUUGUGCUCCAGUACAGCAUGCAAGGCCAGACUUUCACAGAGAAGAUGGACUUUCGACUUGAGGCAGAGGAGAAUGACAGGUUGGACUCCCCACCCUGCUUUCCCCCUCCCCACUUUGCUCUUUACAUGCAGCUGCAUUGGAAAGUACUGUCUAACUAUCAAAAAUGUAUUCGUUCCUGAAAUCUAAAAUUUGAGACCAGAUAUAUUAAACAGAAAUUAUAAAGAGAGGAGGAAUGAAGAACCUUUGGCCCUCUGGCUGUUGUUGGACUCAUUCUGCCACCAGCACCAGUCAGGAUGGCCAAUGGCCAGGGGUGAUAGGAGGCGCAGUUGACAGAGCAGACUCAGGCAGGAGCUUCAUCCUGUCUAACGUUUAGGAACAUAUUGUCCUGUGAGAUGAUGCCAAAGGCCCUUCUAAUCGAGCAUGGUGGCAAUUCAGAUGCCUAUAGGAAACAUGCAGGCAGGAUCUGAGUCCAACAGCAUUCUUCUCACUUGUGAUUCCCAAAAUAUCACCUCUGAUACUGGAGGGUAGUACACAGUCAUAAAGGCUAGUAGCCAUUCAUGGCUUUAUCUUCAAUGAAAUUGACUUUUGAAGUUGGUGGCAGUCUAUUAUAAUGCUGCCCACCCCCAGGGAAUACCAGAAAGGGGUGAGCCAUGAAGGCAUCACCACCACCACCCAUCAAACCUUCCACUUCAAAUUCUGCCUUGCACUUUCCUCCCUGCCCUUUGUCUCUCCACAGGCUUCCUGUUCACCGACUGGCAGCUCAGGCUGUUUUGAAAGAACUGGAGGAAACAAGAUCGACAGCAAAGCAGCAGCUGGUGCUGGAGACCAGCCUGAGCUCUGGGGUGCUGUGUGCUCAGACUGCUUACGUGGUAGUGAAUAUGGAACGGGGCGAGACACUUCAAGCCCCUGUUGAAUUCAGAGAGAUUCCAAAUCCAAAUAGUACGGAGCACUGAAGCGUUAUAGGGGAGGGGAACAGUGAAAAAGUUGACCCAGAGAAAUCAACAAGUACUGGGACUUGGAGGAAACUAGCAGAGCAGUGUGAUUUGACAACAGUAGAUAAACUUCAAGAUAGGGGGCCUGAGAUUUAUACUGAAACAAAGAAAAGGGGCUUUGGUGACGGUAUGAAAGCUGGAGAAGAGCUAAGAAUGACUAUAGAGAAUUUUUUCUGUUCGGUAGGAUGGGUGUAAAAGAAGCUGAAAGAAUGUUGUAGACUGGCUUCCUCACCGAGGCCCCUCCACUUAAGGUGGCUAUUUGUCCCUUUAUUUCAGGGGGAGGCAACCUAAGGCCCAGGGGCCAGAUGUGGCCCAAUUGCCUUCUCAAUCCGGCCCGCGGAUGGUCCGAGAAUCAGAGUGUUUUCACAUGAGUAGAAUGUGUGCUUUUAUUUAAAAUGCAUCUCUGGGUUUUUUGUGGGACAUAGGAAUUCAUUCAUUUCCCCCCAAAAAAUAUAUAGUCCGGCCCCCCACAAGGUCUGAGGGACAGUGCACCGGCCCACAGCUGAAAAAAGUUGCUGACCCCUGCUCUAUUUUCUUUGUCUUGUGCCUGGGAUAUGGUAGAAAACAUCAACUUCAGUAUUACUUGUCUCUAUCUCUUUUUAGGCUCUGUGUGGGCUGAUAUACUCCAAAGUGAUAAAUGCUAUUAUGAAUAUAAGUGCGAACCUUCCAGAUGUGAGAGUAUUUUGCGGAGAGCUUUAGAAUUUUCCUCAAAGCUCUAUUUCUCAGCAUCCACCCUUUUUGCCAGCAGUACCAGAGGUUGGAGAAGUUAUUCCACUACUGGAGAGUUCCUUAAUGCUCAAAAUGCAGUGUUUGAGCAUGCCAGUCUCCCAAGUAAGUGUAGGAUUGCAACAGGAUGUGAGUUUGCACUAUAUACAUGUCUAGAUUUAUGUGCUAAGAAACCCCAGAUCAUGUUGGAUUUCUUAGUCUUAACAUUUACAGAUUCUCCUCCCUCCUUUCCUUCUUAUCAGUAUCUUGGUCAAGAACUUGGAAGGAUAAUGUCUAUUGCAGGGAGAAAUCAGGUGCAGAGCGCCACCAAUUAGAAGUCAUUGCCAAGACACUAGGAUAUGUGGCAGGAGAUUUCCCACCCUCUGACCACUUGCUGCUUCCAGAGAUUAAGUCACAGAGCUCUUCAGAAUCACUAUGUGGUGUACAAAUGGUUGGGCAUGCAAAAUAAGCAUGCUUGAGAGUUGAGACAAUAACUUACCUCUAUUUAGCAGCAUGUACUGUUGAUUAAUAAUAGGUUUUUGGAAAAAAGCAGAAGGUUUAAGUGUCCAUGCAUACUAAAAUCCCACUCUUAAAUCCAGAUUCUGUCACACACCUUAUCUCUCCAUAUAUGGAAAGAAGGAAAGGACUAUGAAAGUGAAGGAGGGGAACUUUGCAGAUGGGGAUGACUCAGUUCUUUAUGAUUCGUGUGGAAUUUAUUCUGUUUGCAUUUAUCAUUUGUAUAAUUUAUAAUUAAUUCAAAGCCCAUCCAGGUGGCUCUCACAACAUAUUAAUCUAGAAAGCCACAAUCUAUUAAAAAUACACUUGAACUAAAAUAUCAAGGUAGCCAAUAAUGAGAAAAUAGAAAAUUGAAAAUAGAAGUUAAAUACAGAGCACUAAAAUAUAGUUUAAAUGCAGCUUGGAACAGAAAGGUCUGCUUUUAAAGCUAACACUGUAGGGCUCAUAUUUACUUAUUUACUUAUUUAUUAUUUAUUACUUUUACUUUUCAAUUCCAGAGUGGGGAGCAAAGUAACGAAAAUAAAUAGAGAAAAACAGGAUACAAAAAUUAUAAGCAGGUCCAAUAAACAACAAUUUAUCAAGGUAAACAAGCAAAACAGCAGUAAAAAUUAAUAUUUCAAAUUUAACCAAAUACCUAGAUAGAAAAAAACUGAAACAGAUUAAAGAAUGAAAAGUCUUAGCAACAGUUCUCACCUCAUUCCCCCACUUUGGCAGUCUCUCUCUCUCUCUCUCUCUCUCUCUCUCUCUCUCUCUCAAAGAGGGCUCACUCUGUGCCAACAGACUCACCCUGAGGCUUUUGAGUAACUUAACAUAUUUUACCCCUACUCUCCAAACUAUCCAGGCUCUCACCCUGAGCAGUAUAGCGAAUGCCCCCUAGCAUCCACCGUAAUACACUUCUCUCCCUUAUCCACAGUAGCAACAGAGAAAACACACACACACACACACACACACACACACACGGGUAGCAAUAAGCUACAGCUGGUGUUUCUCUCUUCUUCCCCAUCCCAAGGAAGCUCACAGACAUCAGGGUCAGUAGAGCUGCCAGCUAGAGACAUGCAUAUGGAUUUGCUGGACUCCCCCAUCUCUCUUCUCCUUCCCAGCUGGCACAAACAGCAUUCAGAGAUUUGCCUGUACGUGCUCAGAGAGGGAGACCGUAAGCUGGGCCCACCACUGAAAAGGUGCUAUGUGUAGUGCCUGAUAAUUUGACUCUACUUGACAUCAGGUCAAUGAGCCUUGGAUGCCAAUCUUAAAGAAUGGUUCAAAUGGGUGCAGAUACAGAAAGAAAUGUGCUCCAAUCCAAGGCAUAAUUUGGUGGGGAACCUCUGGCCCAUGGGCCAAAUAUGACCUACUAAGCCUGUCCAUAUGGUCUGAACCAUGGUCAUGUGCCUCAUACUUGAUGUUAUAUAUUACCUGUUGGGCAGGUAUCAGUGUGGCUUUAAAAAGUUUCCCACCCCUGUUUUAAAGCAUAAAGUAGAUCUGGGAAGCCUGAAAGCUUGACUAGCAUGCCCAGACCUUGGGAGCUGGCCGUGGGGUAAUUAUUCUCUUUGCAAUCAUGUGGUACUGAAUCCCUCUUCUUCUAAGGGCCCAGCAUUCAAGGCUUCCCAAAGGUUCCCACAACAUGUAUCAAAUGGUUCCAGAAUGGUGUCGUAAACAAUGCUGUACACUUUCAUACAUUAUUUCUCGAGUUCCAAAGAUUGUGACCUUUCUUUGUUUUUGUGGAUUUUCAAAACCCUUUGGAGAACAGAGGAAGAAUAAAGGAAAUGCUUGCAAGGUGUGCACUUUUUUCUUUAUUUCCCCAACAGCAAAUGAAUCACUUCUCUUGAGGCUAGUCUCCCUGCAGAAUGCUGAUGGUUCCUGGUCCCUUGAUGCCAACCUGCUCAGUAUACUAGGUCUGGGUGAAGCAGAGAUUCUGGGGAAAAUGCCUACUGAGGUUUGGAAUAAUUUGGAAUAAUAAUAAUAUAAUAAUUUAUUAUUUAUACCCCGCCCAUCUGGCUGAGUUUCCCCAGCCACUCUGGGCGGCUCCCAAUCAAGUGUUAAAAACAAUACAGCAUUAAAUAUUAAAAACUUCCCUGAACAGGGCUGCCUUCAGAUGUCUUUUAAAGAUGGGAUAGCUGCUUAUUUCCUUCACAUUUGAAGGGAGGGUGUUCCACAGGGUGGGCGCCACUACCGAGAAGGCCCUCUGUCUGGUUUCCUGUAACCUCACUUCUCACAAUGAGGGAACUGCCAGAAGACCCUCGGCGCUGGAUCUCAGUGUCCGGGCUGAACGAUGGGGAUGGAGACGCUCUUUCAGGUAUACAGGACCGAGGCUGUUUAGGGCUUUAAAGGUCAGCACCAACACUUUGAAUUGUGCUUGGAAACGUACUGGGAGCCAAUGCAGAUCUCUCAGGACCGGUGUUAUGUGGUCCCGGUGGCCACUCCCAGUCACCAGUCUAGCUGCCGCAUUCUGGAUUAAUUGCAGUUUCUGGGUCACCUUCAAAGGUAGCCCCACGUAGAGUGCAUUGCAGUAGUCCAAGCGGGAGAUAACCAGAGCAUGCACCACUCUGGCGAGACAGUCUGCGGGCAGCUAGGGUCUUAGCCUGCGUACUAGGUGGAGCUGGUAGACAGCUGCCCUGGACACAGAAUUAACCUGCGCCUCCAUGGACAGCCGUGAGUCCAAAAUGACUCCCAGGCUGCGCACCUGGUUCUUCAGGGGCACAAUUACCCCAUUCAGGACCAGGGAAUCCCCCACACCUGCCUGCCCCCUGUCCCCAAAAACAGUACUUCUGUCUUGUCAGGAUUCAACCUCAACCUGUUAGCCGCUUUCCAUCCUCCAACCGCCUCCAGGCACUCACACAGGACCUUCACUGCCUUCGCUGGUUCUGAUUUAAAGGAGAGGUAGAGCUGGGUGUCAUCUGCAUACUGAUGAACACCCAACCCAAACCCCCUUUGGAAAGCUCAUACGCUCUUCUGUGUCUUCACCUCGAUGGGCCCUUGAAGAUAGAAAUCAUUCAUGGAUCCAUCCAAGGUGGGGGUCUCCAUGGGGGCGGGCAUUGGAGGUGUCCCUGACAGGAUGAGUGAGAAUCACUUGCUGUUUUCCUCCCCUUCCCUGCACAUAAUCUCAGGUGGUCCAAACUGCAUGGACAACAGUUCUUGUCGUUCUCUGGCUACAUGUCCACUUUGCAGAACGUAGUGAUAUCUGGCAGCUAUUAGAGGCAAAAGCCGUGGGAUGGCUCCAUGAGAGCACAGGUGAGUGUGUGUGUGUGUGUGUGUGUGUGUGUGUGAGAGAGAGAGAGAGAGAGAGAGAGGCAAACGGCCUAUAAGAAUAAGGACAAUAGUGAUGGAUAUACAAAGGCAAAGGAAGAGUGGAGGAAGGAAAUCAAAGUGUGCAUUUUAAUUUGUCAUUUAGCUUGCAACAUAAAUUGUUGAUUUAUUUAUUUUGUUCUUAGUGUGAUUUUUACUGUCAUUCUUACUGUGUUUGCUAUGGAUAGAAAGCUUAGGGGUCUGUCAGGAAACUGCUUGCUGGUGCCACACUGAAAUAACCAUCUUGUAUCCCUUUUUGUUGCAGGGCCUAAACUUGCUGAGUGUGUGAAGGCUGGCAAUGCCUUCUUGGGAUGUGAUGUCAGUGCUGAGGUCUUUGGGCUCUGA